GGACCAAUAAACAUUUCUAACAAACCUCUACCAUUGAUUUCUCACCUUUCUUUCUCCAUGGACUCAGACAAGAAUGAAGUAGCCUGCGAGCUCCUCCCGCUUCUCCGAGUAUACAAAGAUGGCCGUGUCGAAAGGCUUAUGGGCACCACAUAUUCUCCGGCAUCCACCGAUCCUAUAACCGGCGUUUCCUCAAAAGACCUAACAAUCGUCCCGGAGACCGGUGUCUCUGUUCGCCUCUACCUCCCUAACCUCACCACCACCACCACCAACCAAAAGCUCCCUGUCCUAAUAUACUUCCACGGCGGCGGUUUCUGCUUGUCCAAACCCUCCACUACCCACUACCACAUCUACCUCAACAAGCUCGUGGCCGAAGCUCAGGUGGUGGCAGUUUCAGUGGACUACAGAAGGCCACCUGAAGACCCUCUUCCCACUGCAUAUGAGGACUCAUGGGCUGCACUACAGUGGGUGGUUUCCCACCGGGACGGUGACGGACCGGAGGAUUGGUUGAACCACCAUGCAGACUUGGGAAGACUUUUCUUAGCCGGUGUGAGUGCCGGUGCGAACAUAGCUCAUAAUGUGGCAAUGAUGGCCGGAGGUGCCGGGUCCGGGUUGAAUGCCGGAAUUCUUGGUAUGGCGUUGGUUCAUCCUUACUUCUGGGGGUCGGAUCGUAUCGGGUCGGAGGCAUUGCAUCCGGCUAAAGAUGCAACGUCUCGGUUGUGGCCAUUCGUGUGCCCAUCAUCACCAGAUAACGAUGACCCGCGGAAUAACCCGGUGGCGGAAGGUGCCCCGAGCUUGAUGGGGUUGGAGUGUAGGAGGGUGCUGGUGUGUGUGGCUGAGAAGGAUUUGUUGAGGGAUAGAGGAUGGGUGUAUUAUGAGGUGUUGGGUCGGAGCGGGUGGAUGGGUGUGGUUGAGAUCCAAGAGACAAAAGGAGAGGACCAUGCAUUUCAUCUGCACAAUUUGGAGUGUGAGAAAACAGCAGAGUUAAUCAGACGGUUAGCAGCAUUCUUCAACAGGGACAUGCCUCGUUUGCUUUGAUAUCCAUGCACUUCAAUGUAAUAUCACAAUUUUUUUUUUUGAAAAUGUAAUUAAUAUACCACGUUCAUUUUCUUGA